AUGAUUCUCGACCAAGACCCGUUCAGUGACAGUCCCCCGCAGUCACCGACCGAGACUGUCCUCCCUGACUAUGGUGAGGCUGUUGCGCCUCCUCAUCCGCGGGCGUCGUCUGGUUCGCGGCCACCCAGGCAAGUGAUCUACAUGCCGCCACGCCGUCCAUCCCGGCCCAUGAUCUACACGUUCAUGUCAUGGAACGCUAAGCUAAUGCUGCUCAUGCCGCCCGUGACCGUCGGCGAUCGCACACCCGUCGCGAACAUCGACGUUUCGCUUAACCUCAGCCCUUUCGCGCCGCUUUCAUACAUCACGACCGUGCGCCGCGGCGGGACGACCGAGGGCACCCUGAUCGGUGAAUUCGAGCUGGCGGUAGCGCACAAUCGCGCGACGGUGAAGAUUGGCAACCACUGGGAGAGAGUCGCGAGUGUGUUGACCCAGCAGCGGAACACGCGCCAUUGGAAAUGGCGGAUGAGCGGCGUCGAGUUCUUCUGGGACUGCAGCAAGCGGCUGGACGACGGCUCGCCGAUGUGCAUUUGCCUCGACGGCCGAAGCUCCCAGCUCGCGUCCUUCGUACCGCCCCCGAUAGAUGCUUCCCCGCCGCUUCCGGACGCGACACUGACAGUCUUUCCGGACGGGCAUGAGUAUUUCGACCAUAUCCUUUUAUCGGCCUUGAUAGUUGAGCGAAAACUGACACUGUCAUUCUGA